AUGGCGUCGUCCUUGGCUGCGCAGUUGGCGCAAAUCGCAGCCAACUCGCGGACCAGCCUGAACGCCAAGGCCCUCAAGGCCACUCAUUCCAAGUCCCUGAUCUGGGAGCCCCGAGUCGCCGCCGGCCAAACCUUCGCCGAGAUCUACCAGCUAUCCUACGAAGGCUUUGAGGAACUCUGCAACCUGGAUGCGCGCUUCGCACAAUAUGGCGCUUCCCUGUUUAGCGAGCAAAGUCAAGAAGCCGACCGGAUCCAGAUGAACGCGGAGGAGAAUGCGGUUUUGGACAAGCGCGUCGACUCGUUCCUCCACCUGGUGGGGAGCCGGUUGCGACUUAUGCCCGCCAUCAAAGCAAUCGAGUGGUUGAUUCGGCGGUUUAGAUCUUUGACGGCCCCGCCGAGAGCCGCGAUAGUUCAACAGGCGACAAACCGGCCCGAGCUGCUCUCUGUUAUUUCUCAGUAUACGCUUGAAUCAUGCCGCGCAAGGCAAGAGUACCCGGGUCUGGUGUCAUUCUGGGGUGGCGUCAUGGCGGAAGCUGCCAAUGGCAUGCUUGACAAGAUGAGGUCUGGUCGGAGGAGCAUCCAGCUGGAAAACGACCAUAUCCUUCUUCAGCAGAUCGGGCCAGUUCUCAGCGAGGCCAUGGUUAUGAAAGAAGUUCCUGGGAUCCAAAUCGCAAGCUAUAUGAUCGUUACUAUACUGGCUGCGAAGGGCAGUCUCAACGAUGUGGCGCUCACGGCGUUUAUGGACCAACUAGUCCACGGCUGGAAUAUCGAUACCUAUCGCCCGGGUCUUGUCUGUCUCUGCAUUCUGGCACAACACCGGGCUGCGAAGCAGGUGUCCAGCCGUAUCGCAAAGGCCCUCAUCAAGGUCCAGGACUUGGUUCCGACCCUAGUGGAAAUCAGCCGGCAACACAGGGUCGACAAACUGGCCAACGGGCUUGCGCUAGCCUUCAUCGAGAGACUAUCCAAAAAAGGCGAUGUCCGAAGCUUGCCUGCUAUCAACUCGCUUCUUUCGGCGAAUCUGCUACGGGAUAAGCAGAUCAAGGUUAUCUACAAAUCCAUGCUCCUGGCUGCCCACAAGGUCAAUGAUGAGGUCGACGAGGACGGUCAUAUUCGUAAAGAAAUCGGCUCUUCCUUGAUCAGCUUAUCGCAGACUGGAGGAGAUGUGGGGGAUGUUAUCAGGUCUGCCAUUGAGGAGGUUGACUUCAACAUCGAAGAACUUGAACUCAAACUUGGAGCUGCGAUCCGCCCGAAACUUGCGAUCGAGCAAAGCUCGGAGGAGGCAGGGGCUGAAGAGGGGGCAAUGGCAGUUGAAAAUACGCUGAGUUUGGCCUCAACAUUCCAAGAGUUGGCCAAGCUGCAACCCUCGACAGUUUCUUGUCUAUCACAAGACUCGAGCGGCCUGUUCAACGACCUCUGCGCAGUCCUUCUUUCUGCCGCGGCUGCGGAGAGCGACAUGGAGAAGUUCGACUCUAUUCCUGCUCUAAGCCGACCUCUGGCGACGAGCAACCCGUUCUACCUCAGCUUCUACAUGCGCGUCUGGUGCGGGCCAUUUCCCACACUCGCCAAGGUGGCUGCUCUCGAGCGUGUCAAGUUGCGGUUGAAGGAAAGCGAUUGUGCGGACAAGGAUUUCCAGGCGAUCAUCCCGUACUGCGCGGUGGCUCUGAGCGAUCCGGCAAAGAAGGUUCGCCGUGCCGCGGCCGACCUUAUUGCUGUUUUGGGUUCUCUUGUCAAAGAACAAACCCGGCAGGUUUGGGGCGCAAAGGACUUGUACGGUAAGGUUGGCGCUCCCAAUGCGCUUGACCGUGAUACCCUCAAAGCUCUGGUUAGCUCGGUCUUGGUCCCGUCGCUGGAAGAAUCUGUCCUUCACGAGGCUCACGUCGUUGCCGUCCUCGUUAGCGCCCUUGAGAGCUCGAAGGGUUCAUCCGGAACGGAAGGCGGAAGGCGCCAUCUUUCCCACGCAACAAGACUCUCAAUCUUCAAGUUCAUCUGUGGCCACGUCACGGAGACACCGUUGUUGGCUGUCAAGAUCCGCUUGCUUCGAUCCCUCAACCAAAUCCGGAGCAUCUCGGGCACGUCUCGGACAGACCUUCUUUUGCCGCUGCUCCGUUGGUGGGCUGCCCUCGGCCACGAAGAGGUCAUCGAGCUUACUGCGCGAGAAUCACUUGACGAGGCUACUGUUGACCAAGCUGUCGUGGAUGUCAUUAUCGCAAACCACGCCGCCGGCCUCGAGACGGCCUUCGAGCUGAUUAACGACCCUAAAACCGCUCUUAGGCCCCACCUGGUGCAGGCGAUUUUUUGUCGGGUUAUCAAGAUGUGGCCGUCUAUGAAGUCAGACACCAAGUCCUCCACAGCUCGGUUUAUGUUUAAUAUUACCCAAACCCUAUCGUCCUCUGAGCACGGCCCGGUCAUUACGGAGGCGGUUGAGCUCUUGCGCAAGGUGGAGCUCACGACUGACAUCCAGCUCGACCUUAUUGACUCGUUGCAAGACCAAGUCAAACUCGCGACCGAGAAACCCGCGAACAAGCGAAGACGGGUCAGCACAACAGAACAGAGCCGGAGCGUGGGCCUGCAGAGUAACCCGGAGCUCAAGGCAGCUCUGAACAAGACGACCUUUGUCCUCGAGCUCGUUCAAGAGUCCGACCCGGCAAAUCAUCCCGAGCUUUUGCCAAGCCUUUUCACCACGCUGUCAGAUCUUCACCACCUCAGCACGCUCAUCGGCUCUGAGUUGGGCUAUCUCCAAAACCUCGUUCUGAGCAGUCUUCUCGCCAUGAUGCCGGCGUACAAGGAUAACAAGAACCUGACGAUCGACGCAUCGGUCGGCCAUGGAGACAUCUUGGCUACGUGCAUCCAAAAGUCAUCUAGCCCUGCCGUAAUCAAUGCGGCACUGCUUUUGGUGGCUAGCCUGGCUCGGACGGCACCAGACGUGGUUCUGCAGAGCGUCAUGCCGAUUUUCACGUUUAUGGGCAGCUCGGAGGUUAUUCCUCCGUUAAUUGACACGUUCCGGAGAAGAGGACGCAACGUGGUUGCCAGCACCAAGGACCUCCUUGCCAGCUUCGUUACUGCCUAUGAGCAUAUCCCUUCGCACCGGAAACACGACCUCUUCAUUUCCCUGGUUCAGAAUCUUGGACCUGAAGACUUCCUCUUUGCCAUUCUUGCCAUGUUCGUCGAUAGGUACGCUGCGACAGACAACAUGAUCUCGUUCACGACCCAGAUGAUGAGCUCCUUCUCGGUGGAGAUCCAGCUGCAAACUCUCAUCAAGCUCUUGGACUUGACUAGCGAUAUCUUCAAGCCGAAGCCCUCGCUAUCGAACGUCUUGCUUGGCGGCGACGGCAGUGAACAUGAUACUCAAAAGGUCGCCACAAAGCAGUUGAACCUCCUUCCACAUCUGCUUGCAAACAAGCGCCUGAAGCGGGAGAUCACGCAGUUGGCGGAGAGAGAUGACAUGGAAACGGGGAAAAUACGCGAUCUCUACGCGACGCUCCUGGAGAGCAUCUUGACGCUGGCCACUACGGUCAAGAACAAGAAGGCGCUUUACAACCGCUGCGGCGAUGCGCUGUCCAACCUCCUCAAUUUACUUUCGAUCGCCGAGUUCAUCAAGAGUGUGGAAGCACUGCUUGACCGGCCGAACGUCGGGCUACGACAGAAGGUGUUGCGGGCGCUCGAGCUCCGGGUCGACAGCGAGAGCACCGCGGACCCAAGGUCCAGGGAGGCGCUACUUGCUUUCCUGCCGCAGUUGACGGCCGUCAUCCGCGAGUCGGACGACAUGAGCUACAAGCACACUGCUGUGACGUGUGUCGACAAGAUCUCGGAGAAGUACGGCAAGAAGGAUCUCGAUGCGGUUGCGGCGGCGGCGGCGACUAUUGCGGGCGAUUAUUGCCUUGGCCAGUCAUCGCAAACCCUCCGGGUCAUGGCGCUACUCUGCCUGGCUUCGCUUGUGGAUGUUCUGCAGGACGGUAUCGUCCCUGUUUUGCCUGUCGCUAUCCCCAAGGCGUUGGACUACCUCGAACAGAGCUUGGUGGGCGAGGAACCCAAUGCCGAGCUGCACAAUGCAGCGUAUGCUUUCGUGGCGGCGUUGGCCCAGCAUAUCCCGUACAUGAUCACUGGUUCAUACCUCGACCGCCUUCUGGCUUGCUCGAACGCAUCUGCGGCGGCGGCAUUGGACGAUGAAUCGAGCAGUAACCGAACCCACUGCCUUCAAUUCCUGGCCAAGUUGGUCGACCCCAAGGUUAUGUACAAUGCACUGAACCAGAACUGGGCCUCUGCCUCCAGCUGUGGCGCCUCGGCCGUCUCUGAAUAUCUCGACAUACUCGGCAUGGCCCUCGACAAGCAUUCCAAGGCAGCUGUUGCCAAGAAUGUAGCUUCGCUCUCGACCAUCUUCCUUAGCGCUAUGGACCUGAGGAGGACUGUUGUGUCCGGGCAGGCCAAGACCGCGAUCAGCCCGUCCGAGUUGGGUGAGAUCGAAACCAAGAUCGGCGACGAUGCGCUCAAGAUGAUUUACAAGCUCAACGACGCCGCCUUCCGCCCCAUCUUUUCUAAGCUCAUGGAGUGGGCAUCGACGGGGCUCCCCAAGAACGACGCGUCGGGCCGGACCCUCCGGCUGUUCGCCGUCUACGGCUUCCUAGACACCUUCUUCGGCAACCUCAAGUCUAUUGUCACCAGCUACGCGUCGUACAUCGUCGAGAGCGCCGUCCAGGUCCUCUCGUCGACCAACUUCCAGGACGCCGACGAGAAGGAGCUCUGGAAGUGGGUGCUGCGCACGCUGGGCAAGUGCUUUGAGCACGACCAGGACGGCUUCUGGCAGGCGCCGGCGCACUUUGGCGCGGUGGCGCCCGUGCUGGUUGAGCAGUUCCUCAACGCGGGCGCGGCGGACGCGACCGAGGACCUGAUCCCCGCGCUGGUCGAGCUGGCGGCGGCGGCCGACUCACAGGAGCACCACAAGGAGCUCAACGGGACGCUGUUGAAGCACCUACGCAACGGGCAGGCGGCGGUCCGGCUGGCGGUGGUGCAGUGCCAGCAGGCGCUGACGGUCAGGCUGGGCGAGGAGUGGUUGCAGGCGCUGCCGGAGAUGUUGCCGUAUAUCAGCGAGUUGCAGGAUGACGAUGAUGAGGUGGUGGAGAGGGAGAAUAGGCGGUGGAUCGUGGAGAUCGAGGAGAAGCUUGGGGAGAGCCUUGACUCGAUGUUGCAGUAA